AUGAUGAAGAAGCUUUACAUCAGGAACCUGAUCCCCACCGUCACUGCCAACAACCCCUGGCAGCUCUUUGAGGACAGGAAGCUGCCCCUGGAGGGACAGGUCCUGCUCAAGUCUGACUACGCCUUGGUGGACUACCCCAACCAGAACUGGGCCAUCCGACUAUCAGAUAAAGUGGAAUUGCAUGGGAAAAUCAUGGAAGUUGAUGACUCAGUCUCUAAAAAGCUUAGGAGCAGAAAAAUUCAGAUCAGAAACAUCCCUCCUCACCUGCAGUGGGAGGUGCUGGACGGACUUUUGGCUCAGUAUGGGACAGUGGAGAAUGUAGAACAAGUCAACACAGAUACAGAAACUGUCGUUGUCAACAUCACAUACACAACCAGAGAAGAAGCAAAAACAGCCAUCGAGAAGCUAAGUGGGCAUCAGUUUGAGAACUACUCCUUCAAGACCUCCUACAUCCCGGAUGAAGAGGUGAGCUCCCUUUUACCCCCUCAGCAAGCCCAGCAAGCCCACUCUUCCCAGGAGGAAGGCCAUGCCCCUGCCUCUUCUCGGGCCAGACAGAUUGAUUUCCUGCUGCAGAACCUGGUCCCCACCCAGUCUGUUGGUGCCAUCAUCGGAAAGGAGGGCUUGACCAUAAAGAACAUCACUAAGCAGACCCAGUCCCGGGUAGACAUGCAUAGAAAGGAGAACUCUGGGGCUGCAGAGAAGCCUGUCACUAUCCAUGCCACCCCGGAGGGGACCUCAGAAGCAUGCCGCAUGAUUCUUGAAAUCACGCAGAAAGAGGCUGAUGAGACCAAACCAGCUGAAGAGAUUCCUCCAAAAAUUUUGGCCCACAAUGGCUUAGUUGGAAGACUGACUGGAAAAGAAGGCAGAAAUUUGAAGAAAAUUGAACAUGAGACAGGGACCAAGAUAACAAUCUCACCCCUGCAGGAUUUGAGCACGUACAACCCCGAAAGAACCAUCACGGUGAAGGGCACAGUCCAGGCCUGUGCCAAUGCAGAUGUAGAGAUCAUAAAGAAGCUCCGUGAGGCCUUUGAAAAUGAUACGUUGGCUAUUUAUGAACAAGCCAAUCUGAUCCUGGGGUUGAACUUCAGGGUACUUGGCAUCUUUUCAUCCAUGCUGCCUCCAACAGCAGGGCCCCGAGGAGCUCCCUCCACUUCCCAUUACCACCCUUUCGCUACCCACUCCGGAUACUUCUCCAGCUUGUACCCCCCUCACCAUUUCGGACCUUUCCUGCAUCACCACUCCUAUCCAGAGCAGGAGACCGUGAAUCUCUUCAUCCCAACCCAGGCUGUAGGUGCCAUCAUCGGGAAGAAGGGGGCGUGCAUUAACCAGCUGACCAGGUUCGCUGGGGCCUCCAUCAAGAUGGCCCUGGCGGUAGGCCCAGAUGUCAGCGAAAGGAUGGUCAUCAUCGCUGGCCCACCUGAAGCCCAGUUCAAGGCCCAGGGGAGGAUCUUUUGGAAACUGAAAGAAGAAAACUUCUUUAACCCCAAAGAAGAGGUCAAGCUGGAAGCCCACAUUAGAGUGCCCUCUUCCACAGCUGGCCGGACUGGCAAGGGUGGUAAAACCAUGAAUGAACUGCAGAACUUAACCAGUGCAGAACACAUCGUGCCUCGUGACCACUCGCCAGAUGAAAAUGAGGAAGUGAUCGUCAGAAUUAUUGGGCAUUUCUUUGCUAGCCAGACCGCACAGAGCAAGAUCAGGGAAAGUGUACAACCAGUGAAGCAGCAGGAGCAGAAAUAUCCUCAGGGAGUCACCUCGCAGCGCAGCAAGUGA